AAAACGACAAAGAUAUCAGUCUUGAUGGCCGGUUUACAGGCCGAGAUUUUAACACGGGACCACCCAAAUACGAAACACGAAUGCUAUACACUCCGCCGCGACUUCCUCAUCCAAACUUCAUUUGGCAAUGAUAUCCGAUUUUGUUUGCCCAGUUACUUAAGAACUAGAAUUAAUUUAUAUUCCGUAGGUUUUUCAUUUGACAUUUCAAUGAUGCAGAGUGUGGCAUAUUACAAACAUGUCAAGUCUACCUAACACAAAUACAAAUAAAAAUGUAUGAUACAUAAUUGGUUAUUACCGCUAACUUACUAACUAAAUAACUCCCUGUAGCAGAACCCACCAACGGAAACAAUUCUGAGCCAUCACCAUUCAUUUACAAUCCUCAUUAUUACAACUACACGUUAUACAUACAUUAAAUUAUACUGGGCAAGAGUGACUUGCUACAUGAACUGUGCAGCAGAAGUAACAACAGCAUGUUAGCACAGAAGUUGCUGCUGGAGAAUACAGUGAACCAUCCACUCGUGAAGAAAUUCCCAUUGAAGUUGUCUUACCAACUUGCAUUUCUCAAGGACAUCAUCUCUAAAUUGGAAAGACAUGGACAAGAAGUUCUGGAUGAACUGUAUGCUGCAUACUGUCAUCUUCUGAGUGUUCCCAACAUUGACUCUGGCACUCACUACAGGCACUUUGCGAUAGAUGACUGUGGAACUAUUACUCUCAGGGAGAGCAGCAAGCUCAUAUCUCAGGGAACUACAGGGCUCUGUAGUUGGCAGGCUGCAUUGGCUCUGGCAGACUGGUGCCUGUGUAAUUGCAAAUUCCUUCAAAACAGACAUGUACUGGAGCUGGGAUCAGGGGUUGGUCUCACAGGACUGUGUGUCAGUCUGCACUGCAAGCCAUCCACUUACUGGUUUUCUGACUGCCACCCUGCAGUACUGUGCUUGCUGCAAUCCAACAUCUUGCUGAAUGUAACAGGGCAGAAUGCCUAUGUUCCUGGGGACAGUUAUGAAGAGCAUGCAGCUGUCAGACACACACAUAGUGAUGACAGAAAUGUUACACCGUCAGCGUGUGAAGGCCAUAAACAAACUGAACUGUGUGACAGACGUCAAGUGUUGCUGAGGACAAGGUGUAAUAAUACUGAAACUAGGGUGUUGAACCUCCCUUGGGAAACUGUUCCCAUGAGUAAUAUUGUGACACAGAUAUCUCCAGAGGUUGUUCUAGCUGCAGAUGUGGUAUAUGAUGUAAGUCUGUUCCCUGUGCUGUGUCAAGCAUUCUGCCAUUUGCUCUUCAAGAGGCCUUGUAUUUUACUUCUGGCUUGCACAGUUCGUAACAAGGAGACACUGGAUGCAUUCAUGCAACUUUUGAAAAAGGCUGGUUUGGAAGCUGCUGAAGAGGACCUGCCACCCCCCACAUUUUUGUAUUAUUCCACAGAUGUGCCAGUGAAGUUAUACAGAGUGUCUGCAAACACAUGAGGGCAAGACUACUACAGAUGUAUUGCCCUACUGGAAUGGGCUGUUUUGCUCUAUUCAGACAGACUACAGAACAGUUCUGUUCAACACUGUUAUGGUACAAAAUGCUGAAUCAUGUAAUGGUGCUGUUCAAUAUACCCCUGAAAAUGUU